ACCCUGAGGCUACGAGCUGCAUUACACAGAAGCGCACGAUAGUCCCAACAGUAUCCGCUUUUUUUGUCCCUCACGGUUUUCCGUAGCACGCAGUUCCACAACGUGCAUGCAACGAAGUGCAGAUUCCUGAUCUCAACAUAAAAAAACCCACUGAUACCGCUGACUCAGUGUACAGACAACAUGGCAGAAAACCAAGAGAUGUCUCCUAUUGAAAUGAAAGUUGCUCGACAAGUUGAGUACUACUUUGGAGAUCACAAUCUUCCAAGGGACAAAUUUCUCAAAGAACAAGUGCAGCAGGAUGAUGGCUGGGUGACUUUGGAGACAAUGCUUAAAUUCAACAGAUUGAAGACUUUGACCUCAGACAGCAGCGUCAUUGUUGCAGCUCUCGAGAAAUCAAAGACUGGCCUUUUGGAAAUUAGCGAAGACAAGACAAAAAUCAGGAGGUCUCUAGAUAAACCCUUACCAGAAAUGAAUGAUGAAUACAAAGAUGUUCUUAAACACAAAUCUGUGUACAUCAAAGGGUUUCCUCUUGAAACAACCCUUGAUGAGAUUCAGGAGUGGUUGAAUGGGAAAGGUGCCAUAGAAAACAUUCAAAUGAGGAGAAACCUGCAGAGGCAGUUCAAGGGAUCAGUGUUCAUCUGUUUUGACACGGAAGAGUCUUCCAAGCAGUUCCUUGAACGUUCAGAUAUUAAGUCAUUCAAAGACAACGAAAUGCUUGUGUUAUCAAGGGAGGACUACCAUGCAAAGAAAGCAGAAGAGCGAAAACAGUUCAAAGCAGAGUCAAAAGCAAAAGCUAAACAAGACAAGGAGCAACAGCAGAAACAGUCAGAGGAGAAAGAAAUGGGUCUGCUUUUGGAGGAACAGACGGGUUGCCUGUUGAAGUUUUCGGGAGAGCUUGAAGAUGUUUCAAGAGAGGACUUUCAUGAGUUGUUUUCAGGGCAUGGAAAGAUUAAGUGGGUUGACUUUACAAGAGGGGCCAAAGAGGGCACCCUACUUUUUGAUGGAAAUGCAAAGGAGGCAUUUGACAAGGCCAAAGAGGCAAACGAAGGGGAGUUGAAAAUCAAGAACAACAGUGUUACAUGGCAGGUGCUUGAGGGAGAGGAGGAGAAAGAGGAACUCAAGAAAAUAAUUGAAGCUCAACAAGAGUCAUACAGCAGGUCCAGAGGCAGAGGUGGAAGAGGGCGUUCAGGUGGCAGAGGAAGAGGCGGACGAAGGGGAAGAGGUGGCAGAGAUCAAGGCAGAACACAGUACCAAGGCAAAAAGACUAAAUUUGAUAGUGAUGAUGAGGAUGAUGCACCUGCAGCCCCAAAGAGGGAAUUAGAAGAUGCUGAUGGUCCUGCAGCAAAGGUUGCCAAGACAGAAAAUGGAUCAUAGUCAUUGGGUCACACCCAGAAUCUUUUUUCUUUUGUGAAAACAUUUAUUAUAAACAGUAAAAAUACAGAGACAACUUAAAUCCAUUCCGGUGAAAGCUUCAGGCUUUGGAGAAUCUUAGGAAAUCCACCUGGAUGUCAACCUAAAGAACAAUUUGUAAUGGUUAUCAAUUUCAGCCUUUUAUGUCCCUGUAUAUUGUGCCUCCUGCAUUAUUUACCUUUGUUUGUAAGAUGUUUUGAUUUUAUCAUAUCCAACACAAAGACAUCAAUUUGAUUUCACUGGGACGUUUUAGUUGGUUUUGUAAGGCAAGGGGAGUCGAUGCCCCACUGUGUGUUUUUUCUUCUUUGUAAAGUUCCGAUAUCAAGUGAAUACAUCUGCUUUGGUUUUUUUUUUUUUUUUAA